ACUCCUCCCCAGUCCUUUCGGUUUCCACCACAGCGCCCCUCGCCGGUGCAUUAGCGUCCGUGAUCACAUGUCACCAGCUGCGAUUCGCUUGAAGUAGUUAAAAAAAGUUUGGCAAGGCCGCGGGGAGUUGCAGCAGAAACACCGCAAUCGAUACGUAAACGCGCGCUCACAGCGGAGAAACUAUGGAAUCAGUCGCCCAGAGAGUGAUGACUUCGGGAUUCAGCCUCGAUUUGGGGCCCCUCAAGGAACCGUUGGCGUUCAUCCGUUUACUGGAAUGGGUUUUCUCCAUAUUUGCCUUCGCCACGACUGGAGGCUACAGUGGCACGACCAGUGUCAAUAUCCAGUGUAAAGGAUCUCAAAACCAAGAAGUACAAGUAGACUUCGGCUACCCAUUCAGGUUGAUGGCUCAUCCCUUUCAAGUCCCUGAUUGUAAAAACAGUUCUUCGGCCACCACCACCACCACCACCACCUACUUGAUAGGAGACUAUUCGUCCUCAGCCCAGUUUUACGUCUGCAUUGGAGUGUUUGCUUUCCUGUACUGCAUUGCCACACUCGUGCUCUAUUUGGGCUACCAUCACUUGUACAGGGAAUCUAGUCGUGGCCCCGUCGUGGACCUGUUGGUGACGGGGGCUUUUGCCUUCCUGUGGCUGGCGUCAUCCUCUGCUUGGGCUAAAGGCUUGUCUGAUGUGAAGGUGGCCACCGAUCCGACGAACAUCCAGACACUUAUUGAGGUUUGCAAAAAUACCGAAAACAAGUGCGGACCUGGUGCCACACCUCACAUGGGCCGACUAAAUGCCUCUGUGAUAUUUGGUUUUCUUAACCUCAUUCUGUGGGCUGGAAACUGCUGGUUUAUUUACAAGGAGACACCUUUCCACAGGUCAGCCAACCAGCAAGCAAACGUGGAUGCAUAAUAGACAUUUCAAAAACCACUCCCUUAUUGUGAAGUAUUGAUUUUAUUGAUUUCAUAUCUGGGCUGUAUUAUAUCUUACACAUUUCACAGGGUACUAAAACUAAAACUGUUCAGACACCGGCGUAGGAAAUUAUUGCAGCCUAAAAUGUAAUCAUUCUUAUUUCAGUUUGCGUCUAUAGUGAGGUGUCCAUUAUUUUUAAAUUUACAGCAAGUGCCAAUGCCAUCAGAGAUUGUUUUUCCAAAACUCAGGGCUAAUGAGUGUAGAAAUUACAAAAUGCAUAAUUAAUACUUGAAAGCAUUUAUUGUCAAGUGUAGACUGCUGACAAAAUCAAUUUUCAGCCCAUUCAGGGUGGCCAUACAUUUAUGACUAAUAAAUUUUAAUCAGUAGCUAGUAGGAAAAAAAAAAAUCAUCUGCCACUAUGAGAUUAUUUAUAAGAUGGAUAAAAGUGAUUUAUGUAAUCAGUUUGGGGUUAUUUUGUGCAUCAUCAUCACCUCAUUUUACUAGAUUAAAUUUACGGCUGACUAUUCUGUUGAAUGAAUGAAUACUUUAUUUCGAACAUGUAAGGAAAACAAAACAAAGGAAAACAAUAUGUGAACAACAUUUUCCCAACAUGUUCGAAAAGGAGUAGGAAGAAGCCUUAUGCUUAUUUUGUCCUACCCCUUAUCUGUUUAACACUUACUUGCUUGAUUUCUGUGCUUAUGUCCAUUUAGAGCAUUUCCCUGAAUGCCAAAUAGUGUCAAGUAUUUGAAUACUUUUGUAUAAUCACAGAUACUUGUUAAUGUUUUCCGCUGACUGAUCUCUAACCUGUUCUAAAUUCCCUGUAUUCACCUUUUAUCGCCUUAUAACUUUUCCCUUGCUCCUACCUCCUCUUUUGUUGUAAGUGAAUGCAAGUCAUUCUCUAAUUCUGCCAAUGAUUUCCUACUUUUAUAGCCUUGCUUGACCCACCACGGUGUUGAUAAAAAUGUUGCAGAUAAAAGUGGAGUUACUGCUCAUAUCUUUGUGUGGAUCUGACAUCUUUUGCAUCAUUAAAAGGAAGAACUGG